AUGGCUCGUAUGAAGCAAACCGCUCGUAAGCCUACAGGUGGAAAGGCACCAAGGAAGCAACUUGCAACCAAGGUUGCACGUAAGUCUGCACCAACUACUGGUGGUGUCAAGAAGCCACAUCAUUAUCGCCCUGGAACUGUUGCUCUUCGUGAGAUUAGGAAAUAUCAGAAGAGUACUGAGCUUUUGAUCAGGAAGCUCCCUUUCCAGAGGUUGGUUCGUGAAAUUUCUCAGGACUUCAAGACUGACCUUCGUUUCCAGAGCCAUGCCGUUCUUGCAUUGCAAGAAGCUGCUGAGGCCUACCUUGUUGGACUCUUUGAGGACACCAACUUGUGUGCUAUUCAUGCUAAGAGAGUUACCAUAAUGCCCAAGGAUAUUCAGCUUGCUCGUAGAAUCAGAGGAGGAGAACGCUACAGAAGGAGGAUAACCACCACCAUAACUGUGAACCUCACCUUCACGAACACAAAAACAAGGCCUCCAUCUUUCCAAAUAACACUUGAAUACCUCCUACACAACAACAACAACACAUAG